CACGCCCCUUACAGACCUCUUAGGAAUGGGGUGAGGUGUACAGUAGACAGUCUAAGGUUAAAGUUUUGGGAAUUUGGGGAAGAAACCACAGAGUCUGGUAGUGCAUUCCAGGCAUUGACCACUCUGUUGCUGAAGUCAUAUUUUCUGCGAUCGAGUUUGGAGCGGUUCAGUUUAAACUUGCAUCUCUUGUGUGCUCGUGUAUUGUUAUGGUUGAAGCUGAAGUAGCCAAUGACAGGUAGGAGGACACUGUAGCAGAUGAUUUUGUGAGUUAUGUUUAGGUCAGACCGAAUGCAGAGUAGUACCAAAUUUUCUAAACCCAGAAUCCUUUCUUUUUUUGCAACGAGCAAUCAAAAAAAGGACGUCAUGACUGAGGCCCCGGUGCCGCCGCUCCACGCCCUCCCAGGACCGGCAGACGUCCAGCCCUUUCGAACUCCCUUGCCCGCCGUUGAAGUCAUUGGUUGCAAGAACGCCUCUUCUCCGCCCCUGCUGUUGCUCGCUCGCGGUUGGGCGCUGCCUUAGUUAGCAAGCCGCUCAGUUGGUAGGAAGAAGUGGGAGAAGAAGAAGAAGAAAGGGGAUCGGAUGGGGCUUCGCUCACCUCAGUUCAUGUCUUCAAGCUGGUUUAAGAAGUGCUUCUUGAACGGCGAGACGAAGCGCGGAAAAGGCGCUGCUGAUCAGCGGCAGCAGCAACAGCAACGAGCAGAGGAGGGAGGCUCGCAGCAGCCGAAGCCGCCGCCAGCUCCUUUGCAAUACAGGCGGCCCAAAUUCCUGCGUGGAGCGGUCUGCGCGGAGAAGUUGCCUGGGAAGCGACCCAUCGGCUGCCCCUCCCGGGACAGGCCUCUCCAGUGGAACACGGGCUAUGCCGAAACUAUUAAUGCAGAAAAAUCAGAAUUUAAUGAAGACCAGGCAACAUGUUGCCAAAUUUCUAUCAGGAAGAGACCAUUUGGGCGGGGUGAAGAGGAGGAUCAGGAAUGGCUAAUUUUGUGUUCUACUGAGUAUCUGACAGGUUAUUACUGGGCACUGUUUGAUGGCCAUGGUGGUUCAGAAGCUUCAAUUAUGGCCUCCAAUUACCUGCACUGUUGCAUCAAGCAGAAACUAGAGGAUGUGAUAGAAGGCAUUACUGAAGAUAAUCCUCCGAUGCACCUCAGUGGGCAAUGCAUUUGCCAGAAUGAUCCACUGUUUGUGGAAGAAAAGAAAAUUCAGCAGGAAAAUGUGGUCAUUGGAGCUUUGGAGAGCGCCUUCCAGGAAUGUGAUAAAAUGAUAGGUCAAGAGAUGAAAGCAAGCAACCAAUCAGCAGGCUGCACUGCACUGGUUGCUCUUUAUCUUCAGGGAAGGCUCUAUGUGGCAAAUGCAGGUGAUAGCAGGGUGCUUCUUGUUCGAAAACGGAGCAUCGUUCCAUUGAGUAAUGAAUUUACCCCUGAGACAGACAGGAAGAGAAUCCAGCACCUGGCUUUCAUCUACCCAAAGCUCCUAGCAGAUGAGUUCACACGGUUUGAGUUUCCAAGGAGAUUGAAAGGAGAUGAUGUAGGCCAGAAGGUCCUCUACCGAGAUUACUCAAUGGAAGGCUGGGGAUAUAAGACAGUAAUGAAAGAGGAUCUCAAAUACCCUCUGAUUCAUGGACAUGGAAAACAGGCUCGUUUACUAGGCACCCUGGCUGUAUCUCGAGGCUUGGGAGAUCAUCAAUUAAAAGUAAUUGAAACAAAUAUUGAAAUUAAGCCUUUCCUCUCCUGCAUCCCUAAGGUGGAAGUAUUUGACUUAACAUCAGAAAACGUUAAUGAAGAUGAUGUCCUCAUCAUGGCAACAGAUGGCCUUUGGGAUGUUUUGUCCAAUGAAGAUGUAGCCCAAAUUGUCAGAAAUUUUCUCCAGAACAAUACAACAGAUCCUUACAGGUUUUCAGAAUUGGCCAAACUGCUUGUGCAGAAAGCAAGAGGGAAGGAGGAUGGCUAUUACUGGAUCAAGGAUAGUAAAGAGCCUGCUUCUUAUGAUGACAUUUCUGUAUUUGCAAUUCCAUUGUAUAACAAGAAUGAAUGCUAAACAAUCUGCUCCUAAAGGAGGCACAACUGCUCUUCAGAUGGUAAUGGAACUGUAUCAAAACAUACAGUUGCUGAAAAAUGCAAGUCCAGACUUUGAAAGCAGAAUAACAGAAUUGGAAGGGACCUUGGAGACCUUCUAGUCCAACCCCCAGCUCAAGCAGAAAAUCCAGACAAAUGGUGGGUUUCAGCAGGUUCUGACCAGUUCUGGAGAACCGGUAGUGGAAAUUUUGAGUAGUUCAGAGAACCAAUAGUAAAAAUUCUGACUGGCCCCAUCCCUAUCCUCUGCCUCCUGAGUCCCAGCUGAUUGGGAGGAAAUGGGGAUUUUGCAAUAACCUUCCCCUGGAGUGGGGUGGGAAUGGAGAUUUAACAGUAUCCUUCUCCUGCCAUGCACACCAAGCUAUGUCACACCCACCAAGCCACACCCGCAGAACUGGUAGUAAAAAUUUUUGAAACCUACCACUGGUCCAAUCUCUUCUUAAAAACCUCCAGUGUUGUAGCACUCACAACUUCUGAAGGCAAGUUGUUCCACUGAUUGUUCUGUCAGGAAAUUUCUCCUCCUAGGUUGCUUCUCUCCUUGAUAAGUUUCCAUCCAUUGGUUCUUGUCCUGCCUUCAGGUGCUAGGAGAAUAGGUUGACUCCCUCUUCUUUGUGGCAGCCCCUGAGAUAUUGGAACACUGCUAUCAUGUCACCCCUAGUCCUUCUUUUUAAUAAACUAGACAUACCCAAUUCCAGCAACCAUUCUUUUUAUGUGUUUUAGCCUCCAGUCCGAUAAUCAUAUUUGUUGCUUUUCUCUGCAUUCUUUCUAGAAUCUCAAGAUCUUAUUUAUAACUGGAUGCAAUAUUCCAAGUGUGGUCUUACCAAGGCAUUAUAAAGUGCUACUAGCACUCCAUGUGGUCUUGAUUCUAUCCUGUUGAUGCAGCCUAGGACUACGUUGGCUUUUCUGGUAGUUGCAGCACACUGCUGGCUUAUAUUUAAGUCACUCCAAGAUCCCUCUGGCAGUUACUACUAUUGAGCCAGGCACCAUCUAUUCUAUACAUGGGCAUUUGGUUUUUCUUGCCUAAGUGUAGAACCUUACUUUUCUCAACAAUUAAUUUCAUUAUGUUAGAUAGGAUAUAAAGUAUGUUGAGAUCCUUUUGUAUCUUGAGCCCAUCUUCUGGAGCGUUGGCUAUUCCUGCUAGCUUGUUGGCAUCUGCAAAUUUAAUGACUACCUCUUCUAUCCCCUCAUCUGAAUCAUUGAAGAGUACUGGACCUAAGAUAGAGCCGUGGGGUACCCCACUGUAUACUUCCCUCCAUGUAGCUGUAGUUCCAUUGAGGACUGCAUAUUGGGCGUGGCUGAUCAGCCAGUUAUGAA